AUGUACAUGAGCACGGCCCCUCGAUCUGCGAGGCCGGCCGCGUCAUACGAACAUUUGCGCAAUGCGUACUCUCGGAACCAGCGUGGAUUCAUGUACGUGUACGUCCUUUCGCUCCAGGGACACGAGGAGAAUAAUAAAAAAGCACUCGACGCCAAAGUUGAGGAGGCCAGAGCAUUCUGGACCCUGUCCGACGACGCUGCAGCCGCCUCCGCUCCGCGGGCAGAGGGGGACGACGCCGGGGUCCGCCGCCGCGCGGAGGGCCCAGGAGGAUCUCGAAGCGGGGAUGGGGAGCCACCCCUGGCACCGCAGAGAUCUGGCAGGACGAGAGCCGGCAGCAGCACCACCACCGCCAGCAGAACCACCAACAAGGACAUGAUUGCGUCGCUGCACUUGUCGGUGGCACCAUGCCAUGCUGCCUAA